AUGCUGAACGGGCAACCCGUUGCGGAGAAGACAGGUCCGCCCGAGGGGAAACCGAGAGACUGGCAGCACAACUCCUUCCUAUGGCCCGUGGAAGACAACAUCAAGAGAGAAAUUCGCUUCACGGGAGGCCUCAACAACUUCUUCCAACAUGAAGCUCUGACUAUCACCAAAUACUUAGAGACACUAGGAAAAGAGAGAAUUCAGAGUGAGCGGAAUGAGCAAAGGGAUAUGGGUGAAUAUGACCGUUUUCAGAGCUUGCUGGCGAUCUUGUCGAACAAAGAGAGAAUCUUCUGCGCAAAAUCCUCUUUGGAUACAGCCAAAUUCGCGGAUGUUGGAAGCAUCCAUCCUUCACGGAAGACGUCGCACUGCAAUUCAUUCGGGAGUUCCUCGUCGGAAACAUUCCACAGUUUGAGUAUCUGAACUUUUCCGAGCAGCAGGAGUAGGCGACUUUUAAAUUCCUUCUCAGACGCUCACACAUUUUCUUCAGUUGGUCAAAAUACAAGCAUUGGAGCGAGGACAAAGCGUAUACGGGUACCCGCCAGAACAGUCAGAAUGUAACUGAAUUGCCGGAACAGGUGUGCUUCGAGAAACCAAUAAACAUCCAAAUCGAAACAUUUCAGGGAAACUGGCCGGCAGAAGACUGGCUGUUUAGCAACUACCUCUUCGAUUAUCACCCCAUGAGCACGGUCCAGAAGAUUGAAAUGGCUAGAGAGCAGCGCAUUCUUCUUGGAGCAGAAGUUCCGAAACCGGAAGGAUGGCCAGUUAAAGUUGUUGAUUAUCAGGAAAACCCUCAUAAUUUUCAGGAAUUACGAAGAGUGGAGAGAGUCAAUGUUGAAAAAAGUGACACCUGUGCUUCACGAAGAGAACCAUCCGUCGGAGAACGUGCUGGAGUGCUCUUUUCUCGUGGAAGGUCAAACCGUCGGCUAUGUUAGAGUCUUUUCCGUGAAGUACACAACGGAAAUGAUGGACUUUGAAGUUCCUGACAUUCAGCAACUGAUAGGUAAUCCGUGAUGACAGUUGUCUCCGUGAAAUCACCCGUUUACAGAUCAGACAAAGCAGAUGAUCGUUCUCCGAAUGAAAAAGAACAGUUUGUUUGGCUUCACAUGGCAAGCAGUGUACAAAUCCUUGGGACCGAACAACGCAAAGUUUAUCUAUGCCGUGUUGAAAAGAAAUGUGGAUUCGGAGAUUACUCACUUCGAAGAGAGUAACUCUCUGAGAAAAAACAGACCGAUUGAGGACUUUUUUGAAUAUUUCAACGCUACGGUUCACUACAAACAUUUGACUCCUGCGUCGCAGUUUUCCCAACUGUGCGUCUACCAUUUUCUCCCGGGUAAACAAUCAUAUAAUUGCAUUUUUACAGUGCCAAACCGCUUGAAAUGGAGGGAUCAAAGACCAAUGUGGUGCAGAAUCAACAAGUCGGCCCCGUGAAGUUCGAGAACAAGCCGAUCAGUAAUAUUCAGCUAAACAAGUGUGAUCAGCACGUUUGGACUUACAAAGGGCAGGACCAGGAUGAUACGAGACCGAGCAAUGAGCCACACCAACGUCAGCUGAUCCGCAUGAACAACGGAUUUGAGCGCUUCAUCAUUGAAGGCAAAGACGACAUUAAACCUAAGCAAAACGUAUCGCCAGGGUGGCUGAACUCGGGCGCCCAGAAUCAGGCACCGCAAUCGUCAGUUCACCAAAAAAUGGGAUUUGUGAACGGAGCAUCUCAUCGAUUCAGCACACCGAUCCCGGAGAAGGUCACUGCAAGCCCAUCGAUUCCGGACACGGAAGUUGCUGCCGGUACAUCGAUUCCGAGCAAAGUUGAUGUUAGCCCAUCCAUUUCAGGGAAGGUCGUUGCUAGCACACCAAUUCCGGACAAGGAAGUUGUUGCCAACGCAUCGAUUUCGGACGAGGCCGUUGCCAGCACAACGAGUCAAAACAGGAAUGUAUCAGAGGAUUGCAGCAACGCGGUGAAAAUAGCAUCGGGAAGCGAAGAACUGGCGGAAGAGAGAGUGUCGGCUCAAGACCAGGCGGUUUUUGCUGAGACGGCAGAGAAUACGCUAGAAACAGCGGCGGUAGAAUCCAUCCAAGAAGUCGACAAUACUCCCUUGGUUCCACAAAUGACAAAGACUGCUAUGAAGAAAGCCAAGAAGGCUGCAAAGGAGCUUCUGCAGCAGCAGCAGAGAGAAGCCCAACGGAUUGCAAAACACGAAUCUCUCGUUUCAUCCACAACUGAUUCGCUGACUUCGCCUGUCACGGAACAACCGCCAGUCCCCGACUCUGAAGAUGUUGAAAAAAAUGAGACCGUCACCCCACCCACUGAUUCAACAGCUGAACCGCAUACUCCAUCGCCACCUGAUUGCCAGCCAACUGAAGCAACGUCCAAGACGAAAACCAAGCAGCACAAGAAGUCCAAAGCCAAAAACAAAUAUGCUAAACCGAUUCCUACUGAGCCCGAGACAGUUCAGUUCAAGGCUGUUCAGUUUGAGACUGUUGAGCCAGAAUCUGCUCGUGAAGAACCUGAACAAUCAUCGUCCUCCUCUUUUCCAGUCGACAGAUUUGUGCUAUUUACUGAUUACAACACUUGCGAGAAUGCAGAAAUUCACAUCAAUGGUAAAGGAAGUGAGAAAAAUAAUCAGGAAGAAGCUGAGAAAAACAUCAAGAAGGUUAGAGUCGAAGCGCACCUUCAAGAUAUGUGUGCCACACUCAUCGAGUACAGAGAUGACGAAACUAUUGAUCCGGAUUUCUACGAUCUACCCGAUAUGUAAGGCGCAAUCACGUUUUUCAACUAACAUGUUUUUACAGAAGUGAUCCACACGAUGAGGGAUACGAACUGCUUGUUGAAGAUGACAACUUUGACGAUUUCAGCGAAGAGGAAGUCAAGGAACCCGUUCAGAUAAAGACAAAGAGAGAUUUCCCCAAAAUAACGCUUCAAAUGGCUGCGUCUCUCUCCAGUCUGACCAAUCAGCAGCCACUGAACCCGCACAACGGCAACUACAAUCCUUCGAUAUCAAUUCUCAAGCCAUUGAAGGUUGAGGACAAAGUGGAAGAUGCCAACGCACUGUUUGGACAUCCCCACAACGAGCUAUAUGGUAAGAAAUGCGCAAGACUACAAAAAACAUUUUUACUUUGCAGUGAUGUUCGCCAAACUGAAGCUAAUGGCUGAAAUGAAAAACCAAGGAGCUGAUGCAUUCGAGGGAAAAAUUCCGGGAAUUAUCAAGAGCCGUGUUACAAAUUUUAACAACGCCUAUAAAUUCCGGUUGAGAAUCGCCACAGCUAUGAUGUACAUCAGCAACGUUGAACAUGUUGCUCGGUCAAACAGAGAGAGAAACACUAUGCGCUUGUUAUAUUCUUUCAUAAACGAAGCAGUGGGUGAGUGAAAAAUAAGUCGGACAUGCAUUCGUUGUCGAUUCUUUUUGCAGGCGAUAGCAGUCCUACCUCAUACGGUAAUAAGGUUGAUGAUCUCGUUAAAGACGAGCCGUUCAUUGUCGGAGGAACGUGGUCGGAUAAAGGUAAUCCAUCCGACAGUGUCUCUCGACAAGCAAAUUGAUUACUUCAGAUAUUAUAAAAACAGGGCUUCGCUAUUUCGACAAGCGUCUCAACGAAAUCACUACCGAAGAUUGCCUGUUCACAUCGUAUAACGCGGUCAAAAACAAACUGCUCAGUGUUAUGAAAGAGCACCGAGUGCUGUUUAACAUUGCCUCCCAGAGAUACAACUUUACUGGAUAUGAAGCUUAUUUGUGA